AUGGGCUCGGCGCUCGGACGAAUCGCGGAGGAACAACCGCGGUACGAGGUGAUGCACGCGCUCGCGCGAGCGGCGUACGAAUUGCGGGCGUACGAGGCGUGCUGCGUCGUCGAGACGUCGUACGAGAGCGCGAGAGGAAUGGUGCGAGGGGACCAGGGCGGGAGCUUCAUGCGUUUGGCCAAGUUCAUCGGCGUCAUGAGCGCGCCGGCGAACGAUCGUCGGGAGAAGAUCGCGAUGACGUCACCGGUGUUCAUGUCGCCGGAGGGGGAAGACGGGGCGGGGCGGUACGUGAUGCAAUUCGUGUUACCGAAGAGCAAGUUUCCGGGAGGGGCGAGCGAGGCGCCGGCGCCGACGAGCGAUGGAGUCGUCGUGAGGGAUCUUCCAGCGCGGUACAUGGCGGUGCGACGAUUCUCGGGACGGAUGAAUGAGGAUUUGGUGAUGGAGGAGAUGAAAAAGUUGCGAGAGGCGCUGCGGGCGGACGGCGUGCUGCUCGUGAACGGAGAGUCGACGCCGACGCAAUACGCGGGGUAUAAUCCACCGUGGACGCCGGGUCCGAUGCGUACGAACGAGGUGAUGGUGGAAAUUGAUCCGUCGUCGAUUCCCAAGCUCGAGAGUGCGAUGGAGUAG